AUGUGUUUUUCCGCACACGGACCCUGUCUCCUCUCCUCCUCUCUCAUCCCCCUCUCCUCUUCCUCGGCACGCUCAAUGCGCACGUCCCCCCUCUCGCAGAACAACCGCUUUCGCUCGGCGAAGUUACUUUCUGAGAUAGUUGACUCUGAACUUUACUUUUGUUCUUAAUUUUUCGGACAUGACCACCAUGGCAACUCCGGCUGCUCCGGCUCUGCUCCCCGCCGCUCCGCUCGGGCACCACCCGGCGCAGAGUUCCGUCUCUCCGGCCACCAACUCUCCGCCACCUGCGGCCACCUCCGCCGCUUCUUCCCCGGCCACUCCGGUGGCGCACCCGGCGCUGCUGCACCAGUUCAGGGCGGACCUCUUACUAUCGAACGGGACCCCGUUAAAGACCGGAGGAGCCCCGGUGUCCAGCAGCGCUAAGCCCGUGUACGCCACCCCGUCGCCCGUGGAGAGCACGCCGCAAAACAACGAGUGCAAACUGGUGGAGGUGAAAGGUGCCAAGCUGGCCUCGUUCACGGUGAAAGACACGGAGCUCAUCUGCCUGCCGCAGGCUUUCGACGUGUUUCUCAAGCACCUGGUCGGCGGGCUCCACACCGUCUACACCAAGCUGAAACGGCUGGACAUUGCGCCGGUGGUGUGCAACGUGGAGCAGGUCCGGGUGCUGCGAGGGCUGGGGGCCAUCCAGCCCGGGGUGAACCGGUGCAAACUCAUCUCCAGGCAGGACUUCGAGACGCUCUACAACGACUGUACCAACGCAAGUUCGAGGCCCGGCCGACCGCCCAAGAGGCUGCAGAGUGUGACAGAGGGCGGGACUCACCACAUGCUGUCCCACAGCGGUCUGAUGCACGCUGGGAUCAUGCCUCCUGCAGAUCUGUCUGCCCUGGCCAAGAAGAUCAAGCUGGAGACGAUGGCCGGUUACCACAGCAACCAGCAACAUGGCGGGCCAAACGGAGAGAACGGUGACCACAACCCCGGACUGGUUCUGGAUCAGUUGCCCUUCAUGAUGAUGUCACAUCCUCUGAUCCCUGCCAGCCUGGCGCCGGCCUCCGUUUCCAUGGCGAUGGGCCAGAUGAACCGACUGAGCACACUGGCCAGCAUGGCCAACGUGGCGCAUCUCCACGCCAAGCCCCCUGCCAGGGCUCCCACCUCCGUCAUUAAGGAACGAGUGCGUGAUAGCCCCUCCCCUUCUCCCUCAUUGGAGGAAGCUCAGAUGUCAUCCAAUCACAGCAGCAGCGUGUCAAGUUCCCCAUCUCACACAGAACGCACUGCGGAAACCACACACCCACUCGACAACGGGCUGCCAUCAAGUCAAAGUGUGUUGGGACAUUCCCCUGGUGUGGUGCAGGGGGCCAGAGAGACGGAUGUGACUUCAGUGGAGCACAGCAAGGAGAAGAGGGGCCAGACUGACAGAGAUAACAGCUCCUUGGCAACUCACACGACCAGGGAGAGCUGUGAUAGACAAGUCUACCAGAAACCCCCGUCAGGCAGGGAGAGCUGUGAGAGGGUAUCUUACCCUGCAGGACAGAAGCUCCCAGCAGGUCUCCACCACACUCCCUUCAUCUUCCCGGAAGGCUUGUCCUCCAUAGAGACCCUGCUCACGAACAUCCAGCAGGGUCUGCUGAGGGUUGCCAUAGAGAACGCCCGGGCGCAGGAGAAGCAGGACCAGCUGGAGAGGACGGAGCUGAAGAUGGAGCUGGUCCGAGAGAGGGAGCUCAGGGAGACCUUGGAGAGACAGCUUAGCAUGGAGCAGAAAAACAGAGUUCUGAUCCAGAAGCGCCUGAAGAAGGAAAAGAGGAAUAAGAGGCGACUACAGGAGGCCUUGGAGGAGGAGGUCAAACUCCGCGAUCAGGCCGAGCACACCCUGCUGCACACUGCCAGCACACACACAGGCCAUCAAUCAUCAGCAGCCCCUCCUCACACAGAAUCCGUGACCCAGGACGUGGACGGGAGCAACCACGAUGACAACAGGCUGGACACCAAGGCGACAGUACAAGAGGGCAGAGUGUUUCUGCAGACCACUGGGAUGUACUGAGGGCGAGGUGGAAGGACGGAUGGAUGAAUGGAUAGAUGAGAUAGAGCGAUGAAGAUCCCUCCUUUUAUGAGAAACACAAUCGACAGGCAUGCUCAGUCGCGCUGUGGCAUCUGAGAUCUCCACCUCGUCGAGAGGACCCCGCCACGUUUCAAGGGUGACAUUUGAACUUUCCCAUUGUUCUCCUGUUUAAUUUAUUGCAUUUAUCACCGAAUCCCGCCCGUAGUGGGUACAGUACUUUCUGCUGAUGAUGUGUUUGACUGUGUUUCUUUCAAUCAAGGUUUUUAGAUUUCUAGAUGAAGAUGACCAUAGUUGUUUUGUUUUUUUUGUCAGUGCUGUUUAUCUGGACACAAGUGAUGAAUAUAACUUGUAACAGAGUUGUGUACAUAUAUAUAGUCAUCAUUUUUGUUAUCAUUAUCAGAAAAACGUAAUGGCAUG